UGCUGUUUUAUCUGGUGCUUUAUCUCUUCCCUUUAAUUCUACUUUUGGCAUACAAUUAAAUUAGUGGGAUUACGAAAUGGGUUUUAAUUCAAAAAUACGUUUGAUCACCAGAGAAGAAAACGAAGCAAUCGAAAUAUAUCCAUCUGAGACUGAAAACACUGAAACUAAGGCAUUUACUAUAGAGUACUUAUUUAGUCAUGUGAUACCGAACGAAAUUUGUGAUAACAUAUAUGUAUCAAAAAUAACCACCUUAGAACUUUCCAACUGCCAUUUGACUGAUGUACCAAUUGCCUGCAAUAAGCUGAAUCUUAAAUAUCUGGGCCUUUCACACAAUAACUUAGAACACGUUCCAUCGUGUCUUUACAAUGGUCUCAAACACUUAGAAUCGUUGGAUUUAAGUUAUAACUUGAUUCAAAAUUUCGAUUUAGAACCUGAUUGCCUUCCGUACCUCAAAAAAAUUAAGUUAAAUAGUAAUAAAUUUGUCAAUGCUCCGAAGUGGUUCUUGAUGUUUAGAUGUACUAGUUUGGAGGAAUUUGAUUACAGCAACAAUAAAGCAAAAACGUAUAAAUAUAUGAAAAACAGUUUCAACUUAAAUUUGUUCAAACUGAAAAAACUUCAACUUAUAAGUAGCUGCCUUAUAGACGACGACUUCAAUUUAUUAAAGUGUUUUAGACAGAUGCGAUAUUUGGACAUUAGUAACGAUAUGUUGUCCUAUAUCAACAAGUUCGAUGACUUAGAUAAAUUGUUCGUAAAGCCAAAAUGGAAAGAACUGAAUGUUUUGAAGCUGAAUGGCUUAUAUCUAUCUAUUUUCCCAGAAGGGAUAGCAUGGAUUGAAUCACUAAAAGAACUUUAUGUAUCGAACAAUAAUUUGUCCUGGUUACCGGACGGUAUAGAAUUUCUAGUCAAUCUUGAGAUUCUAGUGAUAUCAAAUAAUAGUAUUGUGUCUGUUCCAAAAAGUCUAGCGUCGAUGGAAAAGCUAACAGUACUACAGGCAUUCAACAACUGUAUCGAUGGCGUACCUGAUUUUUCCUCCAUGUCAAAUUUGAAAACAUUAGAUCUGUAUAAUAACUCAUUGGACAUGAUUUCGUUCAAUGUAAAUGCUGUCAACUACAUAGAUUUGGAAGGCAACUACUGUGAUACAAGAGAAUUUCAAAAUUUGUCUUUGUAUGAAGAAAAAAGGAAUAACUUGAGGAAAAAAUAUUCUAUUGAAGAUCGUUACGAUGGUCCCAAGACAAAGGAGCCUGAGGAUCUUAUUGAUUCCUGUUCAGAAUUGGACUUAUAUUACGAUGAUGCCAAUGACACCAAUAGUAUAGCAUUUUUUGGUACUUCUGAUGACGAUGAGAAUUGGGACUUACCUCCCAAAACCAAUAAAGUGCAUUCGGAUAUUGAUACUGAAGACGACAUGUGGCAAGGGGAGGAAACUAACACGUGUUUGAAAAGUACUUGUGUGGCGGAAAAAGUUUAUGUGAGUGAAGAUGAUUGGAUGUUUGAAGACUGUGAUGAUAGCUGAUAGAACCGUUUAGGUAACUGUCUGUGUAAAAGUCAAAUUAUGUAUUUGAGUUUUCUUGUGAAUAUAUUUCUAAAUUAGCUCCUAGUAUUAUAAAAUAAAAAAUGUUAUAGUUGUGUUUUAACGCUAGAAAUUAAUAAGCUUUGUUUUAAUGUAGUAUUUAUAACAUAUUAUAUAAUUUACAACAAUCAAAACUAGUCCUAAACCUGUUUUAUAUUCACCAAUUGUGAGAAAUUCUUGAUCAGUUUGUGCAAUUUAUUUGUUAAAAAAAUUGGGAAAUGUAAAACAGGUUUACUGUC